AUGCUCAAAUGCCAGGACCUUAUCUGUGAGGUGGGUCGGGUGUGUGCAUUUCCUGUUUCAUAUAUAAGACGUCCACAGAUUGAGCUGAACACAACUCCAACAGCAACAACAGGCAAGAUGACCAGUCUUUCUGCAAAGGACAAGAACACAGUCAAAGCCUUCUGGGCUAAAGUGGCUGGCAAGGAGGAACAAAUCGGCUGUGAUGCUGUCUCCAGGAUGCUGACAGUGUACCCUCAGACCAAGACUUACUUCUCCCACUGGAAGGACCUGAGCCCCGGCUCUGCCCCAGUGAAGAAGCACGGAGCAACCGUGAUGGCUGCAGUUACUGAUGCUGUCAGCAAAAUUGACGAUCUGACCGGAGCUCUUCUGAGCCUCAGUGAGCUGCACGCCUUCACUCUGAGAGUGGACCCUGCUAACUUCAAGGUUCUGUCUCACAACCUCCUCGUGGUCCUGUCCACCAUGUUCCCCCAGGACUUCACCCCUGAGGUCCAUGUGGCUAUGGACAAGUUCCUGGCUGCUGUGGCUCUCGCCCUGUCUGAGAAAUACAGAUAAACUGCAUUAUGUGCUCGAGUACUCACUGACAGUCUGACUUGUAAUAAAAGAUCCAAUGCAAUUAAACUCUCAUGGUCGUUUGUGGUGAUCAUUUUUAAACAGUUGGAUUAUUAUUGUAGCUUUUACCAGGAAUGUUUUUUUUCUCUUUAUGGGCUAAUUAAAGAAGAAUAGCGAUUAAUUUACUGAAAGCUUAUAUACACAACUUAAAAACAGAGCAUGUGACGGUCCUCUGGAGCUAGUAGUACUGCCUUCUCAGGGAGGCUUGAGCUACAAAGACUCUCCCGGAAGCUGCACGGACCUCAGCAGUGAAGUAUUGACCCAAACGAGCAGCAACUACAAUGACCAGGCAGUCCCCCAGAACCAGCUAUUCCUGUUUUUUCGUCAUUAUUCCGAAUUGCUUUCUUCUUCUUCUUCUUCUUCUUCUUCUUCUUCUUCUUCUUCUUCUUCCUAGUAUUAUUAUUGUUAUUAUUAUUAUUAGCUUGGGUGGAUGAAUGGAUGGAUUUUCGACGGGGGGAAAAAAUGAAUUAUUUUAACCAAAUACCAUGACAGCUUACAUAGUGUGUGACCUCGGUUGGCGUCUCACUCCGCCCCUGCUGGAGAUUUUGAGUUCAUGCGAAACACUUGUUACACCCGGUUGGCGUUUUGUGCUUCAACUAAUUUUGAAAAAUAUAUGAAUGCAUAAAAAUAAUAAAAGAUAAAAUUGACACAGACCUGUCACUAUAGCUG